AUGCCUACUACUACUUCCCCACCGGCUCCCGCCCCGCGCAAGCCAAUGCCCUCCGCGUUGACAUUCGAUCUACACGCGAAAUGCUCAACAACCGGAGCUCGUGCCAGCACGCUAAAACUCCCGCAUGGCUCCGUUCCCCUGCCGAUUUUCAUGCCCGUCGCGACCCAAGCGUCCCUGAAGGGGUUGACGUACGACCAGCUCAAGGAAACCGGGUGCAUGCUGUGUUUGAACAAUACAUACCAUUUGGGACUGAAACCCGGUCAGGAGGUGCUGGAUGCCGUGGGCGGCGCACAUAAGCUGCAAGGAUGGGAUCGGAAUAUCCUGACGGACAGCGGCGGCUUCCAGAUGGUUUCGCUACUGAAACUGGCCAAGGUGACGGAGGAAGGCGUGCGGUUUCUCAGCCCUCACGAUGGCUCCCCGAUGCUGCUCACCCCCGAACACUCCAUAUCGUUACAGAACUCGAUCGGCUCCGAUAUCAUCAUGCAGUUAGAUGAUGUGAUCGCCACUACCUCUCCGGACCACGCCAGAAUUCACGAAGCCAUGGAACGAUCUGUCCGAUGGCUGGACCGAUGCAUUGAGGCCCACCAAUACCCUGAAAGGCAGAAUCUGUUCUGUAUUAUCCAAGGAGGUCUGGACCUGGAGUUGCGCCGGCAAUGCUGUGCCGAGAUGGUGGCCCGGGAUACGCCUGGAAUCGCCAUUGGCGGUCUUUCCGGGGGUGAGGCGAAGGAGGAGUUCUGCAAGGUGGUCGGUACAUGCACAAAGCUGCUUCCGGAGCACAAGCCGAGAUAUGUGAUGGGUGUGGGUUACCCCGAGGAUCUCAUCGUAGGCGUUGCCCUCGGUGCUGACAUGUUUGACUGCGUGUGGCCAACAAGGACUGCCCGAUUCGGAAACGCGGUAGUUCCCAGCGGAAACCUUAACCUUCGACACAUAUCCUUUGCGGAAGACUUCAGACCGGUGCAAGAUGGAUGCACCUGUACGAUAUGUCGGCCGACGGACCAAGGCGGUCUCGGGAUAACGCGCGCAUAUAUCUACCAUUUGGCCGCCAAGGAGACCGUCGGAGCUCAUCUGCUCACGAUCCAUAAUGUCCAUUAUCUGCUCUCUUUGAUGGGAUCUGCCCGCCAGUCCAUCCUGGAGGACCGGUUCCCGGCCUUCCUCCGGCAGUUCUUCCACAACCUCUACGGGGAGAAAUCGAAAUAUCCGGAGUGGGUAGUCGAAGCACUUCGAGGGGUGGGGGUUGAUUUGAUGGAGGAUUAG